AUGUUGGUCUCCUUGACAGUCGGCAAGGUAGACGCGGGCGUCGCAGUCCUUUUAACUCAAGACAACCGCCUCAUCGAAUUUCCCUCCGUCCUUCUCCCUAACAACAUCGCUUCCGGCAGCAUCGUCGACAUCACCGUGUCGCGCAACCACGCCGCAGAAGCAGCAAGCGCAACAGCCUUCCAAUCCCUCCAGAAACGAAUCCUCAAUACCUACGGCGUGAAAGCUCCCUCACCCCCGAUCCUGCGUCUCCGAAAUGCCACGCAGACUUCCCUCGUCCUCGAAUGGGACCCUAUCGACUUGGCUACUGCAUCCCUAAAAUCCCUCUCCCUCUACCGCAAUGGCUCAAAGGCCGGUUCCAUACCACGUCCGUUGGAGACUCGCAGCACGAAAAUCUCCGGCCUGGCCAUUCACUCUGAAUACACUUUCCAUCUUGUCCUCCGGACCACUGCGGGUACUUACCAGUCCGAGAAGCUGACGUGUCGCACCCACAAGAUGACCGAUCUGUCUGGUAUCACUGUCACAACGGGAGUGCUGGACCCGGCGCAGAAGGAUGCAUUGGGCUCUGCGCUGGAUCGGAUUGGUGGUAAGUUGAUCGAUUCCGUGCGGAUUGAUACCACCCACUUUGUUUGCACUGAGGGCCGGGGCCCGCUUUGGGAGAAGGCUGUUGAGAUGAACAUUCCUGUUGUCACGCCUGAGUGGGUUGAUGCUUGCGAGUCUGAGGGUACGAUCGUUGGUGUGCGGAAUUACUAUCUCAAUGCUGAUCCCAAGGCUCGGCAAUUGGGUGUAAUUCAUGGCUCUUCGCAUCAGCGUACUACUUCUACUAUGUCCUCGGCUACCAUGCCAAAUCAGGGCAGACCCAGUACCCAGCCUGUCAGAAGUCCUGUUCAGGAAGAGGUACCUGAGGAACCUCCUUUGACUCCGUUCCCUGGUGGCGAUAUGAAUGGUCAGCCGCUGGCACAAACAGAGGAAGUUGGAUCCGCGGAUGAAGAUGACACCGCGCCUCCUCCUCCUCCUCCACCGCCAAAAGAUGAGGGAGAGGGCACAGAUGAGAUAUCUCAGAAUGGAGAUACAGUACCCAUGUCUGUGCCAGAGAUCCAUGAGCCUGAAGCCGACGUUGAGAGCAACGACGAUUCAGACAAGGGGACUACUCUUCCACAGAACAGACCCGAUGAUGAUUCCGAGGCUGCAAGCUCUGGCACGGCAAAAAGCAAAGGGAAGGAGGGUGAAGGUGACUUCAACGAAGUCCCUCUCUGA